GAUAAACAGGAAGCGGGCGGUAGCGGCAGAGGCGAUCUAGGGGCUCCGGGGAGAAGUGGCGGAAGGAGGAAGGGCAGUAGAAGGGCGGCGGCGGCGACAGCAGCAGUGGGUCAUCAGGCGAGAGAGAGAGAAGAAAAGGGAAAGAAGUUGGUCUUCUACUUUUGGGGAACAAAAAAGUUAACCUGCCCCCCCAUUCCGGCUCUGGUUGCCCGGAUCCGGCUCAGGAGACUGACAAAGGGCUCGCGCCGGGCGCCCCCGCCUUCCCAUCCGGGCAUUCGGGCCCCCGUGGAGAGGUGGCGAGGGAGGAAGAGGGGGAGGGGAAAGGAAGGCGUAGCGGGCGCGGCGCUCGCGCUCUCUGUUCCGAAUCUCUGGGCCGACAGACCGACCGGGAGGACGGACGGAGGCCGGGAAGGGCCCGCAGUGACUGCGGCGGUGGCUGCGGCCGGGGCCAGGAGGAUGGUGCAGAAAGAGAGCCAGGCGGCACUGGAGGAGCGGGAGAGCGAGCUCACCCCCAACCCCACCACCGUCGCUGCCACCGCCGGAGGCCCGCUGGAGCCGGCUGCAGCCCCAUCCCCCGGGGAGGGGAGCCAGGCAGGGGCAGGAGGCAGCACUGCAGCCUCCGCCGCGGCAUCGGGCGGAGCGCGGAGGUUCCUCUGUGGUGUGGUGGAAGGAUUUUAUGGAAGACCUUGGGUUAUGGAACAGAGAAAAGAACUCUUCAGAAGGCUACAGAAAUGGGAAUUAAAUACAUAUUUGUAUGCACCAAAAGAUGACUACAAGCACAGGAUGUUUUGGAGAGAGAUGUACUCAGUGGAAGAAGCUGAACAACUUAUGACACUUAUUUCUGCUGCACAAGAAUAUGAGAUAGAAUUCAUCUAUGCCAUCUCGCCUGGACUGGACAUAACCUUUUCUAAUCCUAAAGAAGUGUCCACAUUGAAAAGAAAACUGGAUCAGGUUUCCCAAUUUGGUUGCAGAUCUUUUGCCUUGCUUUUUGACGAUAUUGAUCACAACAUGUGUGCAGCAGACAAAGAAGUGUUCAGUUCCUUUGCGCAUGCCCAAGUCUCUAUAACAAAUGAAAUUUAUCAGUAUUUAGGAGAGCCAGAAACCUUUCUUUUCUGCCCCACAGAAUACUGUGGAACCUUUUGCUAUCCAAAUGUUUCUCAGUCUCCUUAUUUAAGGACUGUGGGUGAAAAACUGUUACCUGGUAUUGAUGUGUUAUGGACAGGUCCGAAAGUUGUUUCUAAAGACAUUCCAGUAGAGUCUAUUGAAGAGGUUUCCAAGAUUAUUAAAAGAGCUCCAGUUAUUUGGGAUAACAUUCACGCUAAUGAUUAUGACCAGAAGAGACUAUUUCUUGGCCCAUACAAAGGACGAUCAACAGAGCUCAUUCCACGACUAAAAGGAGUCCUGACUAAUCCAAACUGUGAAUUUGAAGCUAACUAUGUUGCCAUUCACACUCUGGCCACCUGGUACAAAUCAAAUAUGAAUGGAGUGAGGAAAGAUGUAGUAAUGACUGACAGUGAAGACAGUACAGUAUCUAUUCAGAUUAAAUUAGAAAAUGAAGGUAGUGAUGAAGAUAUUGAAACUGAUGUGCUGUAUAGUCCUCAGAUGGCCUUAAAGUUGGCUUUAACAGAAUGGCUGCAGGAGUUUGGUGUACCUCAUCAAUAUAGCAGUAGACAGGUGGCACACAGUGGCGCAAAAGCAAGUGUAGUAGAUGGGGCCCCCCUGGUGGCAGCACCUUCUCUGAGUGCCACCACUGUAGUGACAACUGUUUACCAGGAGCCCAUCAUGAGCCAGGGAACAGCUCUGAGCAGCGAGCCUCCGCCCCUUGUCAAGGAAGAAGAAAAGAAACAGCUCGAUGAGGAACCCAUGGAUAUGGUGGUAGAGAAGCAAGAGGAGACUGACAAGAAUGAUAAUCAGAUACUGACAGAAAUCGUUGAAGCUAAAAUGUCAGAAGAGUUAAAACCAAUGGAUACUGAUAAAGAAAGCAUAGCUGAAUCAAAGUCCCCAGAGAUGUCAAUGCAGGAAGAUUGCAUCAGUGACGUUGCCCCAAUGCAGACUGACGAGCAGACAAACAAGGAGCAGUUUGUACCAGGUCCAAAUGAGAAACCUUUGUAUACAGCAGAACCAGUGACUCUGGAGGAUUUACAGUUACUUGCUGAUCUUUUCUAUCUUCCAUAUGAGCAUGGUCCCAAAGGGGCACAGAUGUUAAGAGAAUUCCAAUGGCUUCGAGCAAACAGCAGUGUUGUCAGUGUUAAUUGCAAAGGAAAAGACUCUGAAAAGAUUGAAGAAUGGCGGUCUCGAGCAGCCAAGUUUGAAGAGAUGUGCGCACUGGUGAUGGGGAUGUUCACACGGCUCUCCAAUUGUGCCAACAGGACAAUCCUUUAUGACAUGUACUCCUAUGUUUGGGAUAUCAAGAGUAUAAUGUCUAUGGUGAAGUCUUUUGUGCAAUGGUUAGGGUGUCGUAGUCAAUCUUCAGCACAGUUCUUAAUUGGAGACCAAGAACCCUGGGCCUUUAGAGGUGGUCUAGCAGGAGAGUUCCAGCGAUUAUUGCCAAUUGAUGGGGCAAAUGACCUCUUUUUUCAACCACCUCCACUGACUCCUACCUCCAAAGUUUAUACUAUCAGGCCAUACUUUCCUAAAGAUGAGGCAUCUGUGUACAAGAUUUCAGUUGAGGAGAGGUGGUUAGUGGGAGGCCUGCUUUCCCUCAGUUUAGAUUACUGUUUUGUACUAGAAGAUGAAGAUGGCAUUUGUGGCUAUGCCCUGGGCACUGUGGAUGUAACCCCUUUCAUUAAAAAAUGUAAAAUUUCCUGGAUUCCUUUCAUGCAAGAAAAGUACACUAAGCCAAAUGGUGACAAAGAGCUUUCAGAGGCUGAGAAAAUAAUGUUGAGUUUCCAUGAAGAACAGGAAGUAUUGCCAGAAACUUUCCUUGCUAACUUCCCAUCUCUGAUUAAGAUGGACAUUCACAAAAAAGUAACUGAUCCAAGUGUGGCCAAAAGCAUGAUGGCAUGCUUGUUGUCUUCUCUCAAAGCUAAUGGCUCCCGUGGGGCUUUCUGUGAAGUAAGACCAGAUGAUAAGAGGAUCCUGGAAUUCUACAGCAAGUUAGGUUGUUUUGAAAUAGCAAAAAUGGAGGGAUUUCCAAAGGAUGUGGUUAUCCUUGGCAGGAGCCUGUGACAUUCAUUGACAUUGUGACCUGUCUUAAUGUCUUGACAACUCCCAAGUGGGUGGGUGGUGGUUGAGGUCUUCAUGUGGUCCAGCCUCAGGAGAGGAAGAAGUCAGCUGAAGGGAUUGGGGGCAGGGAGGACUAUGUGAAGCCUCACUCACACAUUCAGACUACUUGCUGUUCAGAAGAGAGUACUGCUGGAAAUUCUGUUUAAAUAAGAAUUAUGGUCCUCCCUUUCAGGUCUUGUGUCAAGUGCCAAGCCAUCUUUCUUGCACCUUUAGGGAAGGGGGUCCUAUCAUUAAUGAAGCAGGAAGUAGUUCUCUAUAUCCACAUGGUUGCAUUUCUCACCCGGAAUAUCCAGCUAAAAUCACCUCCUUCAUCCUCAUUAAUUUGUUGAAUGAUGGGUCCUUUUCCUGUUUGGAUGACAUGACAAAAGACAAAACCGUUUCCUUGGAAUUCUGAUACUACGGAAUGGAGAAUCCUAGGUGGGAUAGUUGUCAAUUAGCAACAGAAAACAAGUAGUGACUCAUCUGAUUUGGGCAAUGUUUUUUGCUUGUUCACAAAACCAUGGCCAAUGUCAGUGGGAUGACCAUUGGUUCAGGUGUGUUGUGCUUUGUAGGGACAAAUGUGCAGUUGUCUGUGACAAAAGUCACAAAAUAUAUACUUGUAUAUUUCUUUGUAUAUAAACUAGCUGUGUGCUGAUUAACCUCUUGUGUUUACUGUUUUUGUAAUUUUUCUUUUGAAAUGGAACGGUAUUGAUCCAUGAUGGUACUUUUUAAAUAAUGUAAAACCAUAUUGGAGGAUGGAGUUAACUUUUCUUUGUCCUUGGCUUUGUUUUUCAAAAUUAUUUUUAAAGUGCCUCCCACCCAGGGCUAAAACAUAACCAUUUUGGGUACGAAGUCCUGACUUUGGUAAGUGAGGCUGAUCUGUUAACAAGGUUAAUGCUAUCACUGUUGUCCUAGAAAUCAACCCCAAUAGGUUUAGCAUGUCAGUGUAAGUGAUCCCUGACACCUGUUAGGGAAUAGGUAGGGCAUAGGGAGAUGAUCAGGAUUUGCCCUUAGUUCAGGUGUCCUUUAAUUUCAAGACUUGUUCAUACAGGUUUGAUUAAAUCAGAGUCUUUAAUCCCUGCAUGUUCUUGUUUUUAAAAGAAACACCAGGAUGAGCACAUGUUAACCAGUGAUUUCAAUGGUUAUCUAAUUUUUUGUUGUAAUCACAGAUUCUAAAAGCUUCAUGUAUCUCAGAUUUAAUGUAUUGCCUCCUUUUUAGGGGUCUGAGAUUGAUGCUGGCAAGUAAAUUCUCUGCAAAAUUAUAGCUUUUCCAUCACUUCAGGGAGAGUUCCAAACAUAGAUUUCACCUACGGUCAUUUCGGUACCUUAUUCCAGCCUUGUGGGGGAGGAAGAAGGAAAAGGAUAAAGCUAGUUUUCUUUAAGUGACUCCAGUCAUUGGAGUUUUGAGGAAGUCUUAAGUCUUGGAGCCUGCGGGGCUUUCAGUUAACUGGUAUAUUGUGGAGAGAAGGCCCUUUAUCCCUAGGUAUCCAGGGAUAACCAAUCCCACCCAGUGGAAGUAAGGCUUUCUUAUUUUCAGAGUAGAAACCUUUCCUUUAAUAGAAGAAUCUGGCCUGUUUAAUAUCUAGAAGCAAAUUUGCGUCUUCAUUUUUGAAGUGGGUCAGAGAAGUCCAACUAUAGCUUUAUGGAAAGAAGAGUUUAAUGUCACUGGUUUUUGAGUGCAUUGCAUAGAAUGGCAUAUAGCUAUCUUGCUUUCUCUGAAGGAACAAUUAUUCAUGAGUACCAGACCCAGCUUUGAAUUUAAUCAGGAUUCCUAGCAUUAUGUCCUAGUUUGCUUUAUGGCCUUAUAGCCUGGCUUUAUAAGUUGCUGAUAUCUCUGUCUCUGUCCUUAUUAAUUCAUGUAUAAAUGCUAACUGUAUAGAACAGAUGUCCAGGCCAACACCAUCACUCUAGGAUUGUAAAGUCAUAUGUUAACACAUCUUUCAUGGUUAUGAACUUUCAUUAAGAUUGGAAUGCCACUUUCAUUAAUCUGUUUAGAUCUUCUGAGUUACCUGUAGAAAAUGAACUAUAAACUGUAUCUGAAGACCAUGCAAGAAGCAAAAUAAAACUUGAAGUGAC